CUUAAACAUGUCUCAAGUAGAAAACAAGAGAAAGCAACCUUCUGGCGACGACUUUGAAGACGACUUUCAAGAAGAUGCCAUUGUCUAUUCAGAAAACGAAGAGGCUGUUUCUGAUAACGAACUGGCUUCAGGCACUGAUAUGAAACCUAAAGAAACACCUGCUUCAGAAGAACCACCAAAGAAGAAAAAGAAAAAGCAGCCCAAAAAGAAGAAGGGACCCAGCAAUCCUUUUGAUACUAUUAAUAUUUGGCAAGAAAAUACAACGGUUCAAGCCGAAUAUUUAGCUGAUCGCCAGAAAUUAGCAUUACCUAACCUUUCUUCUGUCGAGCUGGAAGAGCAACAGUUGCUUGAGUCAAAUUUAGUCAAUAAUGAGAACUUUAAGCAAGAACAUGUACUUGAUGCAUUACCCAAUUAUGUUAAAUACGGUGUUGCAGGCCACAAAAAGUUGAAUAAGAAGCCCACAGUUCAUGCUAGUCCUGUUGCUUUAAUUGUCACUCAUUCUGCUAUUCGUGCAGUUGAUCUUGCUCGUGCUUUAAAGGAAUUCUCUAGUACUGCUAAAAUUGCCAAAUUAUUUGCAAAGCAUUUCAAGAUUGAAGAACAAGUUGAAUUUUUAGAUCGUGAAGCAAUUCACUUGGGUGUCGGUACACCUAACCGUCUCUUAACCCUUGUAGACCAAGGCCAUUUGAAGUUAGACAACUUGGAAUUAGUGGUUAUUGAUACUGAAAGAAAUCCUAAACGAUUCAACAUUUUUGAUCUUCAAGAAGUAAGAUCUGAUCUGUUCAAUUUUUUGGGUCAGCAUAUUGCUCCCUUUAUGAAAAAUGGAAAGACUAAGGUUGGAUUAUUUUAGACAUAGAUUAUUUAUAACAUCCUGUACAUUUUAUCAUCACUUUUGAACUUUUUUUUUGAAUAAUAAAACGACCUAAAUAAUCAUAAUUGUAAUUUCAAACUACAAGUUUAUAUA